UUGGUUGUGUGUCUAACUCUUACAUCUUCUUCUAUAUCUUAAAUCAUUCUAUCUUCUUUACUAAGCCAAUUAAUUGCUAUCUCCUAAUAUAACUCUCUUUAACUAUAUUCAUCUUUAUUCAUAGUUUCUUCGAUUUGUAUUUCUCUCUUCUUCUGCUUUUUUCCAUUUUGGUGUUAUUUUUUUCUAAUAUACUUUAAAAAAAUAAUAUGAAGGAUAGAUCAAUGGAGAAGUUUGUGGUGUUUCCAUUCUCUAUAGGUUGUGGUUCUGAGUCAAGUAUUGCCGUGGCAAAAACCAGCAGCAGCCAACCUGCAGAAAACACUAAAAUUUCAGUAUUAAGUCAGGUUCCAACAAAAAGACAAGUAGGAGAAGAGAGUUCAUCAAAGGUGAAAAUAAAUGGAUUUUGGGGAUAUUUGGCCAGACGACAAUUUUCUCAAGGGGUGCAGACGUUGAAAAGAAGUUUCAAAGGUUUCUCUCAAUUAUUUGUGUACAAAGAAGAGAUUGAAGAAGUGGAAAUGGAGAUGGAAAUAGGGAAUCCAACAGAUGUGAAACAUGUAACACAUAUAGGAUAUGAUGGAUCCACAAAAAUAAUUAACCCUAUCAAAGGCUGGGAUAAUUCAAAAGCACCUGAAUUACUUUCUUUUCCUAAUUCAAUCUCCAUUAAACAAUUUGAGCAUGCUAUGGCUUCCCAGGCUAAUGGAUCCUCUAGGUUUUAGUAGCGAUAUAUUUGAUCUACCUUUGUCUUCCAUUUUUCUUCAUGUAAGUUUUUUUUUUGAUUUUUUUGAGGUUGCUCCCUUGUGAUUAGGAGGUCACGGGUUCGAGCAGUGUAAACAUGCUCUUGUAAAAAUACAAGGUAAGGCUACAUAGAUCCUUGCGUGGUCCGGUCCUUCCCCGAAGCCCGUGCAUAACGGGAGCUUAGUGUAUUGGGCUGCCCUUCUUUUUAUUAGGUUUUCUUUAUUUCUUGAUCGUGAAGAUUUUUUUUUUUUUUUUGUGUCAUAAUGGAUUUGGAAAUGGCCUCAGUUGAGGUGUUCGGUUGA